GCCACUAUUUUGUUUUUCACUCAGGCACUGACAAUCCCCUUCCUCAGCCUCCCACCACCUCCCCUCUCCUCUACGCCAGGUAGGCGUCCCAGGGAUACUAAAAGCAGGAAGUGGGAGGUGAGAGUGCAGGGAUCCCGGCCACGAGGCCUUCGGGUGCGGCUAGGGGUCCCGCCAGCUCAACCCCCGGAGCCCGGCCGCCCAGACCGGGCCUCGGCCAACGCGCCGCGGCCGCCGCCUAUCAGCGGAGCGCAGGGGCGGGGCCCGCUGGCUCGGCGACGGCUCCUCCGGCAGGCGGGGACGGGCGGGGGAUCGACCGCCGCGCAGCUCCGGCCGCCGCGCGCAGACACCGGGCCCGGCUCCCGAGGGCGCCAGCGCGGCCCCGGGGAGCGCGAGGAGCCGGCGAGCGCGCGGCCUACCGUUGACGGCCUGGUCCGUCACGCUCGGCGCCCACCCACCCUCCCCGGUGGGGUCCAAGCCCCUGGGAAGAUGGUGUCCUGGAUGAUCUCCAGAGCCGUGGUAUUGGUAUUUGGAAUGCUUUAUCCUGCAUAUUAUUCAUACAAAGCUGUGAAAACAAAAAACGUGAAGGAAUAUGUUCGGUGGAUGAUGUACUGGAUUGUUUUUGCUCUCUAUACUGUGAUUGAAACAGUAGCAGAUCAAACAGUUGCCUGGUUCCCCCUGUACUAUGAGCUUAAGAUUGCUUUUGUCAUAUGGCUGCUCUCUCCCUAUACCAAAGGAGCAAGUUUAAUAUAUAGAAAAUUCCUUCACCCACUACUUUCUGCAAAAGAAAGGGAGAUUGAUGAUUAUAUUGUACAAGCAAAGGAACGAGGCUAUGAGACUAUGGUAAACUUUGGGCGACAAGGUUUAAAUUUAGCAGCUACUGCUGCUGUCACUGCAGCAGUGAAGAGCCAAGGAGCAAUAACUGAACGUUUACGAAGUUUCAGUAUGCAUGAUCUGACAGCUAUCCAAGGUGAUGAGCCUGUGGGUCAAAGACCAUACCAACCUCUCCCAGAAACAAAAAAGAAAAGUAAGCCAGCCUCCAGUGAAUCAGCAGGUUAUGGAAUUCCACUGAGAGAUGGAGAUGAGAAAACAGAUGAAGAAGCGGAUAGGCCAUAUUCAGAUGAUGAGAUGUUAACACACAAAGGGCUACGAAGAUCACAAAGCAUGAAAUCUGUGAAAGCCGUGAAAGGCCGAAAAGAGGUGCGGUAUGGGUCACUAAAAUACAAAGUGAAGAAAAGACCACAAGUGUAUUUUUAGUCAUGUAGACUUCAAGUAUCCCAAGACAAAUUAUGCUAAUAUAUCAACUUUUUUUCCUAACAUCCUAUAUUCAGGAUUUAUACAUUAAAAUAAUUCUUUAAAUUGUAGUGGUGAUAGGGUUUACUUUUAUUGUUUUAAAUAGUUUUUAUGUCUAACAAUUACUUCCAAAUCUUGACUACUAAAAUAAGUUAUGCGAAGUGGAUAGGAAUAUCAGAAAAAACAGAAAAUUAUGCUAUUUUCAGAUUCCUCAAAAAUACUGAGUGCCUAGGAUAUAAGAUGAAACACAAACCCACAGUAUACUUGAAAAGAGUCUUUUUAUGGUUCAAGAUACACCAGCCUUUGUGAUACUGUAUUGUGCUUACCUCCAUUUGUGUUUUACCUAUCACACGAGGUUAGUAAUUGAAGAGGCCUCUGAUCCAGCAGCGAUAUAUGCAGGACAAGGGUCUAUGUAAGAUAAAAUAUGUUUUGUAUAUUCUUUACAUUUUUACUUUGUUACUACCUUCUAGUUUUUCCACCAUAAACUGAAAGCUUUUGAAACAAAUAUUUGAAAACCAGGUAUUUACAUAGCACUUUUAUUCCUGACUAGUUUUGCACACUUGAAAAUUGUUUACUUAUUUUACAAUUGUACAUUUAUAUUAGUUUUUUUUUAACUCUGUUAUUUGUCACAUUCAGAUGCAUCAAAUUUAUGCCUUGAAUUACAUCAUCUCUUUUUCCUGUGGGUUUCAUUAGUUAUAUUCAUUUAGUUUUAAUAAUAAAAAAAUAGAGUUUAUUGUUCAAUUUUAACUGUUUUUAUCUUCUUUACAGAUAAGAAUUUAUUUUAAACAUUCACCAGCUUCCCAUAUUUAGCCCUUCAUUGUAGUUGAAUUUAGCAUGUGUUUGUUAACACUGGUUACAUUUUCAGCUUUUAACCGUGAUAGCUUUUGUGAAAUAUCAGAGACCAGUAUAGCAUUUAGGUAUCUUUUAAUACAUGAAAUCAUCCAACAGCCAGUCCAUUCACAAGUUUGGCACUGAUGCAAGCUGCUGAUUUAUAAAUCUGGCAUUGACCAGAACCAUUUGAGUCACUUCACUUCUGGCUAAGAUAAUUUCCUGAAGGUCCAUGCCAAUGCAAAAUACAAAUGUUGUUAAUCUUACAUAUCAGAAGUUACUAGAAUAGAUUUGAGGCAAAUCCUACCCUUUUAACCCAAGAAAUUUUGAGUUACUGAACUGUGAGGCCUUUUAGGUAUCAUAGAUAACUAUACAUUAUGAACUCUAAGUCAACAUAAUUCCAGUGAUGAUUUUAGGGAUCAGUCAUCAAAUUCAUAUGAUUAUACUUAUUCAGAUAAUUCACUUGAUGGUUCCACUUGUUUGUCCAAAAACAAAAAACAGAGAGAUUUGUGAAGUCUUUGACCUUUCAACCCUUUGAGAAAUGAAGCCAUGGCAAUGUAUAUUCAGGACCUCCUCAUAUUGGUAGAAAACAGACUGUUUACUCAAUAGUACCUUUAUGUAAUAAAUACAUUUCUCUUGAUAAAUGUCUUAAAAUGUUAACCUCCAGAUUAUCUCUCAUUCUGGGUAAGUAACACUGAGUAAAAAUUUAUUCAAUUAGUUUUCCCACAAAGUUUAUUUCUAUGAAUAUCUUCAUGUUCAUUACCUUGACUAAUUUUAAGCCCCUCAGUUUCUGGAAAGGCUCUUUAAUUUGUAUUCAAAAUUCCUAUGCAUUUUGACUAUAAACUUUUAGGAGAGAGUUUUAUUUAUAUUGCCUAGUACCAGACUUACCAUAUAAAUGCUACUAUGUAUGCCAUGCUUGUCCUUCCUACACAGGGGCAAUGUCAUCUCAUAUUGCCUGACAGGGUCAUGUAAGUGACUUUGUAUCAAAAACAUUACCUUUGGGGGCUGAUUGGCACCAUUGUAUUUUUCCAAGUCUAAUUUCAGUAUUAAACUUAUUCUUUAAUUAUAGUAAACUCAUAAAUACUGUCCUAAAUUGGAGGAAUUAUUUAUCACUUUACACUUCUAGAAUCAAAACAUUUAAUCAAGGGUAACACCAGUUUCAAAGAGAUAAUGCAAGUCUUUCUGCUUAAUAUAUCUCUUUAUACUCACAAAGCUCCCUCUGAUUUAUUUCUGUUGUACCCUAUAUAGAGUCAACAUCAUUUUCCCUUCUUUCCUUUCCAGUAUUUCUUAAAUUUUGCUUCUUUUAAUAUGUUUUAGCAUGCCCUUCCUUUGAACUUUGUGUAACACGCUUAUACAUUUUUGUUUCUUUUAAGGUAGAACAGGUUAUUAUUUUUUGUUUUCUCAUCUAAUGCUUUUAGAAGAGGUAAAUUUAUCCCUCGACCACAGUGCCUUGCCUCCCACCACCACCACUUGGUGAAUGGGCAUUAGAUGCUGCACAGCCUUUAGGGCACUAUUUUGGUAACUGUUAAAAGUUUAUCCAGAAAUUGUAGCUGCUGUUUUAUUUUAUUACAUAUUUAUCCAACUUGUUCAUGAAUAUUAACAUGAGUUUGUCUGGAAGUAAGAAUUGAUUUGUUCUUUAAUUUACCAUAUAUUUUUUUCUGGUAUAAAAUGAGCUGGAAAUAAGCCUUAUUGCUAACUAAUUAAUUAUGUAAACCCACCUAGACCCACAAGAUUUCCUCCACACACUUCACUACAUGUAUAUUUAUUUGGCUAGAAAGUGAGGCUGCUAGCAUUACUAAUUACAAAUACUUUACUACACAGAUUAACGGAACAAAAUUCUUAGUGUUUUCAGGGAACUUAAUCUAUAUGUCACCACCAAAGAUUUCUACAGUGUUAUAAAGUAUGUAAAUAUUCCAAAUUUCUGUAAAACUUUGAUUAGAUAAAUAUAUUUUCUUUGGGUUUAUUUUUUGAAAUAACAGUUUGUGCUCUAGAAUGCUUGAAUUUUUGUGUUAUUAAAAAUAAUAUAACACUAUCAUAUUAGAUACCAGUAAUUUGUAUUUUUAAUUUGAAUGGACUAAAUUUUUAUUUUGAUUUUCUUUUAUCACAACAGUAGGUUAAGAAAAAUACAUAAAUAAUAAAAUUUUAAAAAAGAAAUGUUAAGGAGCUAAUAUGUAUUGAAAAGUAAUUUCUUACAUUUUCUCCAGUCUAAGUUGGUUCAUUUACAAAACAAUUAGGUUAAUUUUGAAAAGAUCAUUGAUAUUGUGGUAUGCAGUGUAUAAUUCUUAGUAAACAUUUAAGAGUAAAGCUUUCUGAAAGGAAAUUACAGCUUUUUUCUCUUAACGUUUUUAAGAUUUACUCUUCUAGUAGUAUCCUACAGAUUUAAUGUACUGUUUAAACAUUGAACAUGAAUUAACAUUUUCUCUUCUAACACUUUAAAUCUAUGUACUUUGUAGUUAAGAGAAAGCAGUUUUGCAAUUUUUUAACCUCUUUGUAAAGGUUUUCUUUAGGCCUAGUGUGGGGAUAAUUUUACAAAUGUGUUUUUUUGAAAACUUUAAUAUAAAAUAAACUCAUUUUAUUAGUAA